AUAAUACAUGUCAAUGGUCCUUAUCGAUAACAUCUUAAGAGGAAAAACGAGCGAGAUUACGCAUUGCAAAAUUCCGAAGAUAAUAAGAUUAUAAAGAUUGGUAGUAUCAAGCUAUUUUGGUACUUUUGCCUGUAUAGGCAUUUCUGUUUCCUCCACUUGAUACCUUUUGUCCGUUGUUGCGUCAGAAAGAUUGCAGCAAGCGGAAAAUUCUACCGCUGGCUAUCUGAUUCAUUUAAUAACGUGUCCUUUUAAUCAUGGGCGAUUUCGUCGAUUACGUUGCUCUUGCUAAUUUUACUGCUACCGUUAGCGCGCUAGCUGCCGUUAGGUUAGUUGGUUUAAGCAUAAUCAAAAUGCUAAACUCGGAUGUGUGAGAGUGAAUUUAUGAGUCUGUUGUGGGUUUCUCUGUGUGGUGGCAUCUCUACGGAUGGCAUUUUUUGCCUGAAUGGCUAUCUGCCCUUAUCGCAAACGGGUGAUGGUGGUGAUGCUGAUGCUCCGGUGAUCUUUUUGCUCCCCUUCGCGGUUACGUUGAUUCUCUACGUGGGUGCAUGCGUAUGUGGGCGUGUGUGGGUGAGCAGAUAAAAAUAAGCGCCCGCUCCCGGUUUCUCUUGUUCCAGUAUCUCGACUGUACUCAACUAGGGCUGCUCUUCGGCGUGCUCGAUUUAGAAAAAUACGACAUGAUGGCAUCCGUGCGUCCUUUUUUUCGCCUAGACGAAGAUAUUGAAGAUUCGGAAGAGGAUUGCGGAUGGGAAGCCGAAGACUUCAGUUUUACUGAAGGCCGCCAGCGUUAUGAAUGCCCAAAGAUGCGGUGGAAAAUGUCCGACAUCGAUCCUGUUGCGAAACGCCGACCGCGAAAAACCAAAUACAGCAGAUUCUUGCCUCGGUAUUUAGAUUAUCGAGAGGCAGGAUUUGGUGAAAGGGUUCGUCAGGACUCAUUGUUCGGACUAUUUCGUUUGCUACGUACAAAAGAGCUUAGAGAGAAAACAUUUCCAGUCGAGCCACUGGAUAAAAUCUUCUGUUCAGAAUGGCUCAACGCCCGUCUCGUUGUGUUCGGCACAAAGUGUAAUCGUCUGAUGAUCCUUGACACGAAAAUGAAAAAGUUACUCGAAUUAGAAAAUCUCAAAAGUACCGCAGCAACUAACCCACCACUCGACGAUCUCUGCGGGAUUCAUGGAAUUGCAGUGAACCCAAGCAGGACUCGGCUAGCGACGGGUGCGAGUAAUCCGAACGAUACAGCCGUCUUUGAGCUGCCGUCAUUACAGCCGAUGUGUGUCGGCGAAUCCACGCAUGAGGAUUGGAUAUUCGACGUAAAAUGGCUCGAUGACGAACACUACGUUUCAGGCGGUCGAGACACCCGUAUCGCUUUAUGGCAAGCGCAUGGAUCACGCCGGAAAGAAUAUAUUGAUAGGGGCUAUGUCAGGGGCCUUCGGAAUGAGACGCUACCGAUGUACUUUCAUAUGAACGCAAAGACUUGUGUGUCCUCGCAUGGUAACAAGGUUCGUGCUUUGGCUGUAGACCAUCAGCAUGAUGCACUCCUGUCAUUGUCCCUAACGGCUCGUGUACAGGUGUGGGAUACGCCAACGUUCAAACUGACGCACGAGCACAUCCUUGAAAAUGAGACCGAAAAUGUCUGCAUCGCAUCUCAUGACCGUAUGCGCGUGACGGCGAUAGGAUCCAAAUCACAUGUCACCCUACUAGACAGUGGGAAUCUCAAUCCCAUCAGAAGUAUUCACGCUAUAAAGAACAACUGUGGAGUUAGAUCUGUGUCGUUCAGGGAUCAUUUGCUAACAAUUGGUACUGGACAGAGUAAUGUGCUGUUUGUUGACAUGCGAACUCAGCGGUAUAUCGAAGUAGACGCGCCCUUUGUGAACGCCACCAUCGAACCAGUUUCGUUAAGGAAUAAAUCUUAUCUUCAGUGUAGUCCCGGCUGGAUGACACCAACAGACCAAAAUUUUAUUGACGACUUCAAUCCCGCUGUCUACACACACUGUUACGAUCCCACAGGGCUCCAGCUGUUUACAGCAGGCGGACCUUUGCCUGCCAGUCUAAAAGGGGGUUAUGCUGCCCUCUGGAGGUAACCUUGAGGGGAGCGCUUCUUUCAGUCAACUAGAACGCGACCUCGGGACUCGAGUGACAAAGCGUGUGCAAUUUUAGAAGCGAGAGAUUUUACAGAACGCUUCUGCUGUUUUGUUGAGUUAGUUUUUCUUUUCAUAAUAUUAUGAAGAUGACUGUUUGUAUCAUAUGUUUUUAUUCUUUUCCUGUUAAAAACGGUUUCGACACGUUUUUGUCCUGUCAACAACGGCACAACUAAUUGAAAUAACUUAGAUAGAAAACGCAGGUAGAGGCAUGCGGUACGCACUGAAAAUCAUUGAUCCUAAUUUUGCUUUUGUGUGAUAUAUAAAGUAAACGUAAAAUGACAGCGCAUUACAAUGCGAACGAGAUGGUAACGUUAUCCAUAGAGAGAAACAACCGGAAGGGUCGACACUAAAUAAACAGCUAUAGGUAAACGAUCCUGUAGUGUUUGUUUGGAAGUUGCCUGUGCAUUGGCGGAAUUGAAUAAAUUGUAUCCCUCCUAUGCCUGCAUAAUAUGUAAUUAUAUCAAAGUGUAUACUAAGAGUUGUACAAUGAUAGCAGACGACGCGCAGCCGCCGUUGCGGCCGCAACCGCGCCCCUGAUGUAAUAACUAUGUGUGCGAGUGUGUAAAUAUAAUGACGUUGUGUAGCGAAAAGAGUCAACAAAGUAGUGUUUUUUACGCCGGUGAGACUGGUAUAUGAGAUCGAAUGAAUUUAUGCGUAAACCUAUAUGUAUCCAGGCACGUAUCGUCGGCCAUAAAGUUGGUUAUUUUCCGUCGAAAUGAAAUUUCUUUUCGAAGGAUCUUAUUACUUUCUUCAAAGCAGUAACGUAAAACUUCACUUUGAAAUGUCUAUGUCUCAAACUUAAUUUUAAUUCAAGUUUUACCUCAGCGCUCCUUUCCUAUAAAGUGUAUCCUAAAGCGGUGCCAGUAACUUGUGUUUUGGUGAUAGCUCCCAUAUAUGUUUGGUAAAUGGGCACAUGAAACCGAAACGUUCAGCCGAUGAUACGUAACUUGUAUGAAGUGAGGCAGUCUUGUAAAAAAAAAACGAUGAUUAGACCCGUGGUGAUUGACCAGGGUAGUAAAAAAGGUCAUAGAUACAAGUUCAACGAUGGAUGGCGCUCAUACGUAGCGCUUGUAAACUGGUAGGACAAAUCAGGUUGAGCAGGACGUGGCGUGAAAUAUGAACGAAGCAGCUGGAAUACAGCUGAACCAGCUUUUUUUUUUAAUUUAGGACGAAAGGUGAAACAGAGGAAAGCAAAGAUGACAAACUGAGGGAAAACAAAUGGAAAUAUGGAGACAUGAAGAGCUUUGUACCGAAAAGGUCGAAAUCACCUAGAUGCCAAUACGCGAAUACUCCCUUAAUAAGAAGCAACAUUAAAUAGGUUCCCCUACAUGCAUAAACUGACAUUCGAGACUGCAGGAAAUUCUUACACUUGAUAUCAGGACUUCAUUAAGACAAAAUUAGUGAUAAAGCCAUUACCGCUUGUGACCUUAACGGGUAUAUUCUAGUGCAAACCACCUGUGAUCGCUACUAAUUUGAUAACAAUUUUAGAUGUUCUGGUUGUUUAACACAAUCAUGCCGCAACUGUAUUUUACAUUAAUUAAAUACCUGAGAUUUUUAAUAACCAUAAUUAAAAAAUAAAGGAGAUCUAA